ACUGCUAAGUCCGGCGAGAGUCAGUAACCUGCAUUUUAAAAACUUAAUAUAUUGACCAAACGUAGAAAUUGUUUCACCAAAAAUGACGAUGGACGUAGAUUUAUUAAGACCAGGAACAGUACCAAUAGCACCUGAUACUGUUUUAUGGUUUGAAUUCUUAUUGAAUCCUUCAUUAUUACAAUCUCAUAUUUCAAAACCAUCCCCAGAUCCAUCACCAACAGAUCUUAUGAUCAAAUUUAUGACUAUUAAUGCAGACCAAAACAAUGAAGUAAAAAUUAUAGAAAAUCAAAAUGAUGCAAAUGAAGCAAAAAUUAAUUCAGUCAAUAAGUGGAACUAUAAAAAUCUGGCUUUAAAAAUUUUAUCGCUAAAAUUAGCAGCUUAUUUAAAAUGGGAUCUAGAACUUUUGCAAAAAAAAUUACCACUACAAAUGCAACUAACGUUAUGGCAGGAUCUAUUUUAUAUAACAAUGGAUAAAAUUGUAGAAAUACCAAAUGUGCCUGAAAUACAUCCGAGUAAUGCAUCGGAUAGAGUUUUAUUUACUUUAGUAAUGUACCAUAGAUGGUUGUUACGUGCAAUUGUGUUUAGAGCAUUGAACAAUAAACAACAAAAGUCAUUAGUUCUUAUUAACAAUCAAAUAAUGCAAGAAAACAAUUUUUGGUCACUACCAAUGAUUGAUGAAAUUAUUAGAAAAUUAGAAUCUCAAGCAGGAAAUAGUAUUAAUUUCCUGAAUGGUGUUCUUCAAUUAAAUGACAUCAAGCCUAAAGUACUCUCGUUUGAUACAUUUGAAAUGUUAACAGAAAACAGUACUGAGAUAAAACAAGAUUGGAAGAAUGUGUAUACAAUAACAGAGGAUGAAUUGAAGUGUCAGAUACAUUACGAUCUUGGAGUAUUUCAUAUUCUCAGAGGAGAAUAUCAAAUUGCAAAACAAAACAUUAUUCAGGCCAGAGAUCUGUUUAUAAAAUUAAAUACUUCAUUACCAAUGGUUUACUGUAAUGUGAAAAAGGAUAGAUUAGAUGGUUAUUGUGCUGCUUGUGAAAUACCUAUAGAAGGCGAAAAUCCUAAUUUAACACAGCAGUUGCUGACUUCUAUUAGAGAUCAAUAUACUAAUAUUUUACCAGUUUUACAAGCAGAUAAUAUACAAAGAGAAAUACCACAAGUUUACAGGGACAAUUUGGAGUUAGAUAUUCAAGGUGGAUUAGUUAAUAGAAAAAUAGUUGUCAAUCGAGAUCUUUUAUUGCAAGUUCAAUGCCUUAAUUUGGUACGUAGAAUAGUUGAAAGUGAAACAAUUAUCGGUGACUAUACUACCGAAAUUGAAGCAGCAGGAACAAAAGGAUUAGAAUUUCUUUUUGGGGCACUGGAUGAUGUUCUGAAAAAGGCAUCAUCAGUUGAUAAACAAAGGAUAGCCCGUUAUCUUUUAUACCUUACCUUAGUAGGAGAAAUUGAUGGUGUAGCAAAUAAAAUUUUAAAUGAUGAGAAAUAUUCAAUUUUGUUUAAUGUAGAUGAAUUACAAGAAAUCAAAAAAGCAAUAUCUCCUGAAGAUUUGGAUAUUCCAAAUUUACUAUUAAAUGAUGAUUGGGGCAUUGUUCCAAUGAUAUACACUCAAAAACAAAAGAUAGAUAUAUUUGAACUGGAACAACGUCUUAUCCAUUCGUAUGACCCCUUUGAAAUCCAAAAGAUACUCGUCGAAAUAACGCGAUUAAGUAAUUCAAAUUAUACAAAACCAUUAUGGCCAAUAAACCAUUCAUGGGAAAUACCUAUUCCUUUACAAAGUGUAGUUGCUUCUUUGCCAGAAGGUUUCUUGCAAGAUUAUUCUUACAUAUUAUUGUCAAAAAGCAAAGAACUUGUACUAUCUAAAGAUUUUCCCAGUGCAAAAAUUUUAUUGAGUAUAGUUGAACAUGAAGUGCAGCAUCAGGCGCAAAACUUAUCUGCAAGACCUCUGCUUGGAGGAAUGAAUUUGCUCGAUAAAUUUUUAAAACUACUUAGUUGGGAGGCAUUAUUAACUGAUAUAUGUCACUGCUUACAUGCUUGGCCUGCUAAUAAUAUUUGUGAUACUCAAACAUUGGUGGUUCAGAGCAAACAAUGUUUGGCUACACUUCAAUCAACAACUGAUCAAGUAAUACCAAGACAAGAAAUCAUCGAAUAUUGUACAGUAUUUUUGUUAAAUAUGGCUGAGUGGGAUUAUUUGGCAAACUUGGAAAAACAAUGGAGUUGUUUUGAAUUUGCUGCUGCACUAAGCAAUAUAGCAAAAUAUAAAGGACAAAAGUUCCCAAAAGAAGCUUGGGAUAUGGUGUUAGCUGCUUCUAAACCAAAUCGCGAUAUGCCGCAAAAGCGCAGUAACAGUAAUAGCGGAUCCGGUAAUAAUUCAACAAGGGAUUUUUCAAUAAAUGUUUCUUCUACAUUUAGUCGCCUUAGAGAAAUCAACGUUCUAAAUAUAUCGAUUUCCCUUCUUGCUCGUCUUCAUAACGUUUUGAGAGACGAAGCAAGUUUAGAACUUUAUACUUCUUAUUUGAAUAUGUGGCCUGCUACUGUACCAAAUGCAAAACAGUACAAUAUACGUAUUGUAGGAGAAUAUCUAUUUCAAUUAUUGUCUCAAGCUUUGAAGUAUUAUCCAAAUAAUGUUCCUUGGUUACGAUUAAUGGGAGAUCUUAAUUUUGUGCUACAAUAUUAUGAAAGUGCCAUGAAAUAUUAUUUAGAAGCAAUCAUAGUAGCUACAGAUCUUUUUACCACUCCUGUACGAGGUCUGAUAGAUGAUUUAGUCUACAGAAGAAUGAUCAAAUGCUGUGCUCACUUGCAGUGUAAUACUCAGGCUGUAGUAUUGUGCCAAUUUUUAGACGAAGUAGAUUAUGCGUUAGCUUUCAAAAUGGCAGGAACAGAACAAAAAAAUGCUGUUCCAAAUGAUGCUAUGGAUGCGUAUUACCAUUGUAUUUGGGAUACAACAAUAUUGGAAUACUUGAUAAACUUACACACAAAACGCGGAGAACAUCAUCGGAAACAACUUGCGAUUAAAGUUAUUGGACUUCUGGAAUUAAAUUCUAACAAUAAUGAAGAAAUUCAAAGGGAAGCAGCGAAUACUCGAAAAGCAAAAUUCCUUCGAGCUCUUGCAAAGCAGUAUGUUUACUAGAAUUUUAUACAAUAGUUUUGAUAUUACGUUUUUGUAAAUAUUGUUUUCCUGACUAAUUUAUGAGGUAUAAUCAAGAGUAUGCUACCCCCUCAAUGUAAAUAUAUAUAUAUAUAUAUAUAAUCAUACUACUAUUAUACGUUGAAAAUUUACAUGAUUAAGUAAAGAAUUGAUGUAAAUAUGUAAUUUGUCAUUUUUUAUUUUCCAAUUCAAAUGUAUAAUACUCCAAUAAAUGAAACACUUCUAAAUUGCAAGUUUACACAAAUAGAAACUAUUAGAAUAACUAAAAUAAGAUGCAUUUGUGUCGUUCAAAUUAAUCAUCAUUUUUUAAAGAGUUCGCGCUUUAGUUGGUGUAGAUGGUGUUAAAUUAUACAAAAUGGAAGCACACAUCUGAAGGAGAUUUUUCGAUUAUAAAAGCUCGCUCGCGCGCACACUCACACAUUGAUA